GCCCGGGACUUUUUCAAGCUCCCCAUUGAAGUAAAACAGAGAACUCAAGGAUAUUCAGGCUUUGGUAUGGAGCUCAUUCGUGGAACUACGCCAGUACCAAAAGAACGCAUCAAUUUCUUUCGCAAGAACGACCAACGAGAGGAUCAUAUUCCUCCCCCUCUCGAGUUUCUUUGCUCUGUCACAGCCCUGCAUAAUAAAUGGAAGCAUUCUCAAGACCAGCUGUUCAGCACAGUCUUUUGUGACAUUCUCCAGUCGGAGAUACCCUUGACGGGGACCUCCACUCUUGACUAUGAGUCGCUGGGAGUACAAUACUAUAACCCGCAACGGAUGAUCGUUGAGGGACGCGAUUAUAUUCCUCCGCACAUGGAUGGUGGCACACUGACGAUAUUGAUUCGAGAAGAUGACGAUAGUGACGGCUUUGAAGUCGCCGAUCUUGAAACCACGGAGGAGCUGGGUAGCGAUGGUGUUGGUCGCAAGGCGUCUUUUUUGCGUGUUCCUGCGGCUCCAAAUGAAGUGAUUGUAUUGGUAGGAACUCGAUUGCAACGUCUACUGGGGAGAAACAGGGCUCGCGCCUGCGUGCACCGAGUAGUGGGCCCAGACCAAAAACACAGCGCAGAAGAUCGUGUAAGCAUUGGAAUCUUCCGUGCUUGUGCUCCUCCUCCUCCUCCCGCUUAG